CCUAAAACCUAUCGCUCCGGUUCCGAGCGCCAAUGAUUUCCUUGAUAUCGUUCUUUCCAAGACUCAACGCAAGACGCCAACGGUAAGCCACUGUCAAUGGCAAUGCCUGAAAAAGGUUCCUGGAGCGCUCAUAAAGAACCCCUUCAACAGGAGCGAUAUUAAGCGAUUUCCCUAUUCUCGACGUAUGGUCAUGCCUUAUAUCGUUUCAAAUUCCGCUAUUUUAACACUUCGUCAGAACCUCCAUCCUUUCCUUUCGUCGCUACUAAAUGUUCUGUACGACAAAAACCAUUACAAACUCGCCUUGGGACAACUGAAUACAGCGCGACACUUGAUAGAUCAAAUCGCAAAGGAUUAUGUACGCCUCUUGAAGUUUGGUGACAGUCUAUACAGAUGUAAGCAGCUCAAAAAGGCUGCCCUUGGUCGCAGAAUGGCCACUGUAAUGAAGCGUCAAAAGGAUCCACUGGCCUAUUUGGAACAAGUUCGACAGCAUAUCUCCCGUUUACCGACCAUUGAUCCCAACACUCGUACCCUAUUGGUUUGCGGCUAUCCAAACGUAGGAAAGUCGUCGUUUGUCAACAAAGUCACUAGAGCAGAUGUGGAUGUUCAACCCUAUGCCUUCACCACCAAAUCCUUAUUCGUUGGACACCUGGAUUAUAAGUACUUGCGAUGGCAGGUCAUUGAUACCCCGGGUGUAUUGGACCACCCAUUAGAGGAAAUGAACACCAUAGAGAUGCAAAGUAUCACAGCUCUGGCACACUUGAGAUGCGCUUGCAAGCUAUUCCACUCGAUCAAGCCACUCUUUGCCAACAAGCCGACACUUCUUGUCAUCAACAAGAUCGAUGUCAUGAGACUUGAGCAACUACCAGCCGAAUCAAGAGCCUUGGUUGACCAAAUUAUCAAUGGUGAUAAUAUCAAGGUUGUGCAAGCCUCCUGCCACACAGAAGAAGGUGUGAUGAACGUCCGAAAUACUGCUUGCGAGGCACUCCUUGCUCAACGGGUGGAGGCUAAACUGAAAGGAAACAAGCUAAAUCAAGUGGCUAACAGGAUUCAUGUCGCCAUGCCAAAACCAAGGGACGAUAUCAAGAGAGAGCCUUUCAUUCCUGAGGCCGUCCUCAACCGGCGCAAGUAUGAUCCCAAUGACCCCUUACGACCAAAGCUGGAAAAGGACAUUGAGGCAGAGGAAGGUGGUCCAGAAAACUGGAUAUUAUCUGAUCCCAGCUGGAAAGAAGAUGCCAUCCCGGAGAUCAUGGAUGGCAAGAAUGUCGCCGACUUUAUUGACCCUGACAUCGCCGCCAAAUUGGAGGCACUGGAACGUGAGGAAGAAAAGCUGGAAGCUGAAGGGUUUUAUGACAGCGACAAUAGCAUGACCGACUCAGAGGAUGAGCGAGAGGCGGAAGAAAUGCGAGUUGCGCGCGCCCACAAGAUGGUGUCUCAGCAAAAGAAAAAGUUGAAGAACCGACCCAUCUUACCACGUACGGUGGGACUGGUCACUCUCAGUGAAAUGACGGAAAAGUUAACCAAGGCGGGAAUUGACCCAAGUC